AUGGUGAAGUUCCUGAAGCCGGGCAAGGCGGUGAUCCUGCUGCAGGGCAGGUACGUCGGGAAGAAGGCGGUGAUCGUGCGCGUGUUCGAGGAGGGCACCCGCGACCACACCUACGGGCACUGCCUGGUCGCCGGCCUGGCCAAAUACCUGAAGAAGGUGAUCCGCAAGGACUCGGCCAAGAAGACGGCCAAGAAGUCCCGCGUCAAGGUCUUCCUCAAGCUCGUCAACUUCACCCACAUC